CGGUUCCAGAUGGAUGAGUGGAGCUAGGCGGAGCGAAAUUCAUCUGGCUAUUGCCAGGUUAGUGUCAAGCUGCCGCAGAGAAAGUCAUUUGCAGGAUACCUUGAGAGAGAAUACGACAUAAUGGAGGCUAAUUUGAAGGCUGCACUCGGAGAUGUAGACUUUGUUUCCACUACUGCUGACAUCUGGACGAUGAAUAAUAAAAGUUUUAUGGGAGUGACGGUUCAUUGGAUUAAUUCAACUUUACAGCGCAACAAGGCCGCACUAGCAUGUAAAAGAAUUAGAGGCAGGCACACCUAUGAUGUAAUUGGAGCAGAGAUUGAAGAAAUUCAUUCAUCAUAUGGACUGCAUAGCAAAGUUGUUGCCACUGUAACGGAUAAUGCAUCAAAUUUUGCCAAAGCAUUCAGAGUAUAUCAGCCCUGUAAUUUGGAGUCUGAAUCUGAAAAUGAUGAAGCAGGUGAUGACGAGGAACCGACUUUUACAGAUGUCAUAGAAGCUCUUUCAUCUGGUGAUGGACAGUUUAGCCUCCCUCCACACUACAGAUGUGCAUCACACACAAUUAAUCUGGUUUCAACAAGUGAUGUUGACAAACAUCUAAAUUCCUGUGCAGACACCAAGGCUGUAUAUAGGAGUAGUAUUUCAAAAUGCACCGCUCUCUGGACUAAAGCAAGUCGAUCAACAUUGGCCUCUGAACAGGUGGAGGAAGUCAGCCGCAGGAAGCUAAAGGUACCCACAUCCACAAGGUGGAAUUCCCUGUGUGAGGCUAUUUCCAGAAUCAUCACAAUUCCCAUGAACGAGCUGAAUCCCCUGUGUGUAAAACUGGGAAUCAAGUGCCUUAAUGAAAGGGAGUACCUAUUUUUGCAAGAAUACUGCACCGUGAUGAAGCCCUUGACAGUAGCACUCGACAUCUUACAAGGGGAUGAGUGCACCUAUGGGACUUUACUACCAACACUCACAAGCCUGAUGUCAAAGACACUUGCCCUGAAAGAUGACCUCUCCAGAAUGACAGCCAGCCUUCCAGAUGCCAUUGUAAAGGCCAUCAAGAUUCGUUUUGAUCCUGUACUGGAUAGCCAAGAGGGACUUCUUGCAGCGGCCACUUGUCCCAAGUUCAAACUUAGAUGGCUGAGAGAUGAGCAUAGGAGAGAGCAUGUGAAGGAGCUUCUGAUAAGAGAGUGUCGUAAAGUUGCUCCUGCAGCUGACAAUGCUAAUGUGCCCCAACUGCCAGCCAGCCAAGAUGAAAUGGACUUUUUUGAUUUUAAGAACCAACCCACAGACAGCUUCUCAGCAGAGAAAGAAGUAACUGACUAUUUAAGGUCUGGGUAUGAGCUUGAGAUUCUAAAUCGGUUCCCAAACCUCAAAAAGAUGUACAUGAAAUACAACUCUCCAACUCCAUCAAGUGCACCAGUGGAACGGCUGUUCAGUUUGGGUGGAUUGGAUGCUUUCCCCGAAAAGGAACAGGCUCUCUGAUGGGAGGUUUGAAAAGCUUCUGCUGAUGCGGUAUAACCACUGUUUCACUCCGAAAGAAAACAAAAAAACAUAGGGCCUUGUCAUAAAUUGAGACUAACACCUGCAGAUAUAUGACAGGGGUCAGAUCCCCUCCACACACACACACACACACACACACACACACACACACAGAAGCACU